AUGGCGACGGCGGCGACGCGGGCGACGCCGACGCGCCCGCGACGGGAUCGACGCGAUCGAUCGGUCGCGGGCGCGGCGCGCGGGCACGUCCGAGGGGUGAAGAUUCCGACGCUGUUAAAUAACGUCCCGCACGCGCGAGAGACGCGACGAUGGUUUUACGACGACGCGUGCGCGUCGACGCUGGCGGCGGUGACGGCGGGCGAGCGGCGAAUGAAGAUCAAGACGGAGUUCCCGGAGUUGAACCCGUCGGGGGACGUCUAUCGCGUGGGAACGACGCUGGAGUUGACGCGGGCGAUGGCGCAGACGCUCGCGCGGGACGGGAAGCGGGUGAAGAUAUGCGUGCAGCGAUCGAUGGGACAGGGUGUGUUCCAGGCGCUGCCGCUGAGUUUGAGCGGCGUGAGUAAGCUGUUGGGGAUGAUGGACUUCGAGGAGGACGUGGCGGAGAUGAUUGAUCCGAACGGGGGGAUCGGGGCGGAGGACGGGGCUGAGGAUGGGGCGGACGCGUACAUCUUGGUCCAGCCGCAAAACAUCGUGGGGUACUCCGUGUUGCCGUACAUCGCGGCGAUGGAGGAAGCGGUUGGGGACAAGCCGAUGAUCAUGAUUAAUCCCAAGUUGGACGACAUUCAGAGCGCUGGGAAUGUAAUGUCUAUUCGAGGACGGCAGGAGCGCAUGGACGCCGUGGCGGCGUGGCGGGAAAUUUAUCACUUUCGAUUGCUCUACAGAAAGCCGUACUUUUUCCCGAUUUACGGUGCGUUGCGGUACACGUACUACGAAAACGCGUGGGAGCUGUACAAGCGGGUCGGAAUGCGCGAGGAAGAAGAAUACGUCCUUCGUUCGACGUACGAUUCGGAGCCCGAUCCUGACGAGAUGACCAAGCAAAUUUGGGGAUGA